CCAAACAACUUUUGUUUCUCUUCCAUCUCUGCACUUUGCACCUACCUUCUUCCUUCCUUCUUCAGUUAUCUGUUCCUCUCACUAUCCCCAUUUCAUUUAUGCAUUUCCCUUUCAUCCUCAUAACCCCAUUUUAAUACCCAAAUCUGGUCCCCCUAUGUAUACUCUAAUCAAAUCCAUUCACAUGUAAUGAACAUAUUAAGGUUUUUUUUUUUUACUGUUUCAGCUUUUGGGUGGAUGGCCUGCUUGUGACUGGCACCGAACUUUCCCCCUUAUAAAUUCUCUCUCUUGAGUUUUCCUUUCCUUCUCUGCAAAACCAUACGUUUCUAUACACAAAAACAGAGAGACAGAGAGACAGAAGCAGAGCUACAUGUAACUAAUCAUGGAGGUGGAAAUUUCUGUCAAUUCCGAAGGGCCCAUUUUUGUCCUUUCCUUUUUGUAAUCACUGAGACAAAACUAAAUGAUAUUUCCAUCCUUUUUACUCUGCAAGCUGUGACCCGUUUGUGGAACAGAGUUGUUCAUCGUGGUGUUUAGUUUCCCAGAAUUUUGUGGGAUAUGGCCGGAAAUCUUCCUGGAGUAGAGUGUGCUCGAAGAAGAAGGUUUCAUCAGAGCGGAGUUUGGUCCGAUUCACCCUCCUCCAUAGCUUCUCAUACUUCCACUAGACGCUCUUCUUUCUGUUUGUACACUAGCAACCAUGAAUCUCUUUCUUCUUCCUCUUUACUGCAAAGAAACUUGAUUUACCAGGCAUACCCACAAGAAGUGCUGGGAGGUGCAGCUAGAGAAGCCAAACAGAGAUUGGAUGAGAGAUUUGGAACACAGAGGAAAACAGAGAAUAAAAGGGAGAAGGUGAGAAAUGAAGCAGAGUUGCAGAUAGAGGUAUAUGGGUCAAAGAAAAAUGGAAGCAGAAGAUUCAGUUGGGGAAAAUUGAGCUGGAAGGCUACAGAACAAGAAGAGUGUGCAGUGUGCUUAGAAUCAUUCAAGAAUGGUGACACACUCAUAAAUCUUCCAUGUGCACACAGGUUCCAUUCAAGGUGUUUGGAGCCAUGGCUGCAAAAUAAUUCUCACUGCCCUUGUUGCAGAACCACCAUUAUCUUUUCUCACUAGGGUCUUCCCCCAAGCUUUUCAUCACUUUGUCUAUAUCUGCAACCUUCUGAACUGUUAAUUUUGUUGGAUGUUGGGAAUUUUUUUAGGGCUUUGUUUCUUUGGACAAUGUGUGUUUGUAGUCAAGUGUGAGCAUUAAAACUGGCCGUUGAUAAACAAUGAUGAUGGUCAGGUUGAGCAUAAAAGUUUGUUUU